AUGGCUUAACUAUCAAGUUUGGGACGCAUCUCGGUUCUUGUUUAUGUACUGUAUCACGAAUUGGGCAGGUUAGGGGGUUGGUUAGUUGAUCUGCUCUAUAGACGUUUGGAAACUCCGGUGGUAUGUAUUUCUGGCGUGUCUGCUUCAGGUUGUUAUUGUUUUGAUUCGUGCUUUUCGCAGAGCGUGCCAGUGUGUAAAAAAGUAUGCAACAUUCGAAUGCCACAAACUAUGCCCAGGAUGAUGUGCGGGGUAUGCCUAAUCCUAUUUCCUUAUCCGGGAAUCGUCAGGAUCCACGCCAUUGGCUCCUGCUGUCACAUGGAUUCUUAACUUUGUUCACUUGACAGAAAGUAGGAGGGUUCUACGAAACAGGAAAACGAGUAAAGCGAUAGAUAUAAAUUUUAGUAUAUUUUGUGUGCAAUUCAAAGAAAUUAAUGGCCAUGAGUUCCUAUUUGAUCAACUCAAACUAUGUGGACCCCAAGUUUCCACCCUGCGAGGAAUAUUCACAGAAUGACUACCUACCCAGUCAUUCUCCGGACUACUACAGCGCCCAGAGGCGAGAGCCUGCGUUUCAGAAUGAGUCGAUCUACAACCAGCGGUCAGGCUGCGCCGACCCGCCUUACACGACGUGCCAGGGUCCGGGGCAGCCCACGGUGGUGAUAUCUCCACGGGGUCACGUCCUCCCCCCAGCCGGACUCUCAACCCCUCUCCCGGAGCCUAGCCACCAUUGCGACUCCGUAACUCCAAGCCCUCCACCCGCGUGUGGCCAGAAUCCCCUCAACCAAAGCCCGUCCACGGCCAGCUCUCGCAAGGAUCCGGUGGUUUACCCCUGGAUGAAAAAAGUCCACGUAAACAUCGUGAAUCCAAAUUACACAGGGGUGGGUGAGCCCAAGCGCUCGCGGACAGCCUACACGCGACAGCAAGUCCUGGAGCUGGAGAAGGAGUUCCACUACAAUCGCUAUCUGACCCGGAGACGCAGAGUGGAGAUCGCCCACACCCUGGUUCUGUCCGAACGCCAGAUCAAAAUCUGGUUCCAGAACCGGCGGAUGAAAUGGAAGAAAGACCACAAGCUGCCCAACACCAAGAUCCGCUCCAACAGUAACUCCAACAACACAAACUCGCAAAGCAGCGGGCUCGCGCUGGGGAGUUCUCAGAACCGAACCAGCGGGCCUCCACCGAGCCUAUAGCCUCCAUCCUCCCCUAACCAUCCACCACCCACCCACAUGCACUUUGAAACCUCCGUUUCUGGAGUUGGAUACAUGGAUUCCACCAUGUUUUUACCUCCCUCUUCAAUUCAAUUACAGGGAUAUAACAUGUGGGGGGAAAGAGAAGGGGGAGUAAAAAACGAAGAAGAGUAAAUGUGUAUCUAAAAAAUGUAAAAGGGGAGAAGAUUCAAACACAAACACUUCCAAUGAUGUGUUCACAACCUGAUCCAGUUCCCUUUUUUAUCCCGUGCCCCUCUCCUACUCUCUCUAUCUCUCUCUCUCUCUCUCUUUCUCUCUCCCCCUCCAUUAGAACAGAAGGCGGCAGAUACUUUUCAGAUUUGGUGAAGAUGGAUCCGUGUUUCAUCUUUAAUCAUGCCAAACUCGGCCCCAUUUGUCAUGUUUACUCUGCAGUACAAAGGGUGAACCGUGGGCCUGCCCAUUACCUCAACGUCCAACGUUCUGUUUAAUAAAUGAGCCCUCUUGUUUCGUCAAGAGCCGUUUUCUUACUCCUUUUUCUCUCCUCAAUACUAAAAAAUACACCGAAUAUGUUCUCCAAACAUGAAGUUUUUUGUAAGAGAAAAUAUAGCUGAUUCUCAGUUAUAUUCUAUGUUUAUCAAAUGCAAUUAAAUUAAGACUGACAACGAUUGUGAGGUCCGUUGCUAGUUCAUUUUUACAGGGACUCGUUUUUCCUUCUUUGUUUCUAGCAAAGACAGGGUGCAUUUGAAAAAAGAUGGUAAAUCACGGUAUUAACAAAGGAUAGUCGUCGCAGUGGAAUGAUAAAGCUGGACUUAUAGAAUACUUACAUAUAUGAACCAAAAUCUGGUACAAACCUACCUAAGUAAUUAUAAAACAGCACUACAAUGUACUACCUUGCUAUUAUAAUUACCUCAGUUGUACCUAUGUUCAUUAUUUUCUUGCCUUGUGUUAUGAAGUGACAGGUUGAGCUCAUUUGAAUUUUGUGGCAAGUAUCUGCAAUACGAACAUAUUCAUUUCAUGUAAGUAAUUUAAGCAAUUUUGUUGGCCAGGGUUGUAAAGAGAAAAAGGUGCGUAUAUUGCAUGACUGAAUACACAUUUAUUUGAUAUUUUAUCUUUCUCUGUCUGGUAUCCUUUCUUGGCACAAACAUGCGCACACACUCCCUCUUUCUUUCGCCCUCUCUCUGUCUCUCUCUCUCUCUCUCUCUCGCUUUCUUCUCACCAUGUGCCGUUUUGGGUAUUUUAUUUGUAUGUGUUCCUUUUAUUUACAUUCCAAAGAUCAGUCCUGUCGCUGAUAAUGUCGAAAUUUUAGUUUUUUCUUCCUCCAUAUUUGAAUGUUGCUCUUUUUCUGCUCUUACUCCUGUGUCUACCUAUUAUUUGUAAAUAGCUAUAGAAAUGUAAUAAAUGGCUGAAAAAGCAUCCAUCUAUCCUAUUUGUGUCCUCCUUUCCCUCUGCCGCUGUUUCCCCAAUGCUAUGGUCCAAAAGAUACUGAGAUAAUUCGCUCUCUUCAGACCAGCUCCUUUAAUAGCAAGGGAUGUGUAAAAAAAAAAAAAAUGAUUCCAUUUAAUUCCGUCCUCCCAUGGUGGGUUUUCGUUUGCCUUUCUUUGUAGCCUGUCUUUAAAAACAAUCACUGAAUAUAUCCGUGGUGAUUUAUAUCUUAUGGUCAUGAGUGAUCCUGGUACAUUAUGCCUUGUAAUCUCGUUUUAAAUCACAAACCCCUUCGUUUCACUCUCUUCUCUCGUUAAUUUAACGGUGCUCACUGGUGCUGAAAACAGCCUGAAAAUAUGGAUCCUCGUUUUGAAAAAAAAUGCUAAAUAGGUUCUCGGCUCGUGGGCUUUUAAUGCUUUAAUGAGUCUAAUUUUUGCACAACAGUUUCUCUGUGUUUGCUGGCUCGCUGUGGGUUUUUUUAAAUUACAAAGGAGCGGGUCGGUGCCAUAGCUCAAACCUGACAACCAAAUAGAUAAUCAAGAAGACAAAUGGCUUCUUUUGUAAGGCGCGGCUCUUGUAUUAAUUUUCAUUUUCUUCUCUUAGAGCAGGUAUCGAAAAUAUAGAGCAGAAGAAAAUAACAUUCUGUUUGGGUGUUGAACUUUAAACAAAAGUGUGGCCUCAAAUUGGUCUGCUAGCAUUCUGUGGAACAGAGAAUAUUUUCUAUUACUUGCUGGUAGAUGUAAGCCCUUGUGCCAUAUAGCCUCCUCCAAUCCAUUUAUAUGAUUUUUUCUCACCAUAUAUUUAUGAAAUGCCUUUUGAAAACCCCAGCUUCCAACAGGCCUAUGCUAUGCCUCAAGACGUUGAAGCAAGUCCAGACAAAGAUACACACAUGGUACCAUUGAAAUAAUACAAUGUGAUAGGCCUACUAUCGAAUUCGUUCGUAGUAUUUUUGAAUGCGCUCUUUUUUAAGUUCUAAAAUGUGUUUUCGCGUGAAACUGAUGGUAGGCACUAUAGCUCACACACAUAGAUGUACACCAUUGAUUUUCAUGUGGGGCCUUAGGCAAUGUCUCUAUACUUCUCAGAUGGCAUGUGAUAUUAUGUCAAAAUGUUGUUAUAUUCACAACAGUUCAAACGUCGUUUAUUUGAAUAGAUACAUUGGUCCCCACGCACAUGUGUCUUCACAAAAAGCCCCCAAGCACUUGCAUAGUAAAAUAAAUGAAUUUCCGUGUGACAUCACAUACAAUAUGCACCUUAGAAUUCUAUUCUUAUCCUUUAU